AUGUUAGGCCGAAAACGCGCAACGUUCCCGAAUCAGGCCAUUCGGAAGACCGGGGGUGUCGUCCGUAUGGGCGACGGGCUGCCGACUGUUCUCCAAGCCGGACUCCACGGCAAGAAGAUUGAUAUCGCCGAAAAUGGGGAUCAGCGCCGUGGAGAAUCCCGCCAGAUCAUCGAUGGCAUCGUGCCCGAUAAGACGGCGCAAUUGCAGGGCGAUCCGCGAGCCUGGGGAGAUUGUGACGUUGCCGCUGAGCAAGGUGAUAGUUUCGAUGGACAGAUACCAACGCCACAGCAGCAAUGUCGAUUCCGCCAGAGGAUGUCCGGCCCCUCGGGCGGUGUGCAGGCGAUGCGAGAUGACGGCGGCGGCGCCGUGCAGAUGCGAUCGCCACGAGCCGGGGCUACGGCCGUCGGAGACAAUGUCAGCGGUGCAGAGGGUUAG